AUGGGUGGUAACGUUCUCCCCAUUCAUUAUGACCCCAAAACUGUUAAACAAUUAACUAAAGAAAUUACUGUUGCAUCAUGUAUAGGAGCUGCCCAAGGUGCUCUCUUCAGUAUUGCCUCAGCGCUGCUGUUGAGAAGAUUUUCAUCAGUAUAUAGAAAUGUCAGAACUCAAGUGCGUGUUUUUUAUCAUUGUUCUUGGAUUUCAAUGGGUGCUGUCUUCAGAGCUGAUAAGCAAUUGCUCAAGUUCCAGACAAAUUAUUAUCGUGAGGAACAGAAAAGAAGAGAAAAGAUUAUGGAUGAAGCUGCUGAGAGAGGCCUUUUUCUGGAGGAUGAGAGUUUGAACUCUUCCCGGUCAACUACAUGA